UAGACUCACCGGUUAUCCUGAUUUCCUUGCUGGGCUCCUUACAGGAAGAAAUCAUGGGUAUCACUGUUGAUGAUGUCAUGGAAAAGAUAGGCAGUUACAACCGAUUUCAGUACAGACUUUUGCUGAUCUGCGGUUUCAUCAAGACCUGGUCUGAUGGUCUCCAGAUGAUGCUUCCAACCUUUCUCAGCGUUGAACCGCCAUGGCGUUGUAAAGCAAACAGUUCUGCGUGUAAUCUGACCGGAAUUUUCAAGCCAGGAGACGAAAAUUACAGCUACCGUUGUUCCAUUCCUCGGGAUGAUUGGGAAUUUGACACUAGCGAUUUUACCUCCACCGUGGCUGAGUGGGACCUAGUUUGUAACGUAUCAGCAUUAUCGGUCCUGACCAAAGCACUUAUGUUCUUGGGUUAUAUGAUCGGAGUUCUCUUUGGAGGCGUUUUAUCAGACAAAUUCGGACGCAAACCCAUUGUUUAUUGGCUUACAAUCCUAACGAACGUGUUCGCCUUAGCUGCUGCUUUCAUUAAAAUCUACUGGCUCUAUGUGCUCUGCAGAGUGCUGAUUGGUAUAGGCGUAGGUAGUUCAGCUCUGGCAGUGUAUGUGCUCGUGUUUGAGUACGUUGGCAAGCGUCAUCGUCACGUGAUCGGAACCACUUUAUUUUACUUCUGGAUUCUGUCGCUAAUGGUUCUGGCUUUAUUUGCUUGGCUGAUAAGGGACUGGCGCACACUUGCUAUGGCCGCGGCUAUACCAGGACUAUUAACGAUUUUCUUCUGGUGGUUUCUGCCAGAGUCACCUCGCUGGCUCUUGGCGCAUAACAGACCCAAAGAGGCCAGGGAAAAUCUUCAAAAAGUUGCUGACUUUAAUCGAAAACAGAUGCCUGAAGGUGACCUAGAACAGCCAGAUGCCAAGUUAACCCAGAGACAGGGAGAUGUCCGGGACCUUUUCAGCUCAAUGGCUAUGACAAAAAGAACUCUGAUAUUAUGGUUUGCCUGGAUGGUCAUAGCGUUGGUUUACUACGCUGUUUCAUUCAGUGCAGGAGAUUAUGGUGGCAAUCGUUACCUGGUUUUCUUCUUGACUAGUCUCAUUGAAAUUCCGUCCAACUGGACUUGCAUUAAACUGAAUCACAGGAUUGGCCGGAAGAAAAGCACAGUUAUUGGAGUGGUGGUGUCUUUCUUUGCUUCUUUGAUUGCAGUCUUUUUCCAGAGAGAUCUGAAGAACACCGGUUUCAUGGUGGCAAACAUAAUUAUGGCACAAGGAGUGGCGAAGUUUUUUAUCAACAUGUCGUUCAGUUCAAUCUAUGUCUACUCAAGCGAGCUCUUCCCGACCGUUGUCAGGAAUGUUGGAAUGGGAACCUCGUCUGCAGCAGCUCGUAUUGGAUCCAUGUCGGCGCCUUAUGUUGUUUGGCUGAUGCGUAUUCACAUUCUCUUGCCAUACUCCAUCGUGGCAGUGCUUGCUUUUGUCUGCGCGGGUCUGUGCUUCUUGCUGCCAGAAACAAAGGGCACGGCGACUCUAGAAACUAUGGAUUCUGUCAACAACAACCUCCCAGAGCUGACAGGCAAAGAGCAGCUUCCAGUUGAGCCAAGCAAAGAGAAAGAAGAAUUGGGAGAGUUACUACUAAAUCAAGCCUUACUUGCAUGAAAAGUAUUUUUUCCACCAUGAUGGAAACUGCAUUUUAUAAUUUUUCUUUUUCGACUUUUAUAAAUUGUCUUAGCAUCCAUUAGGAGGAAGAAACAAAGUCUUCCCCAUAAUCCAUCUUUAAAAAUACAAGCCCAGUCAUUAAGAUGUGUCAGCGAGGUCCUUUACAUCUCAGUUGUUCUAUGUUAGAUUCAAAUAUUCACGCGACAAUAUGGCGUUUGAACUCAAGGAAAGCGAAGCUAGGGUAGCCCCCAGCUUCCUAAUUCCUCUCAAUUCACUCUCGGCUGUUAACUACUUUCGACCCCCUUCCCCUCCAUCUUUGAAGUUUUGUUCCUUUGUACCAGGUCUCGGUUUGCUAGAUAUUGACAUGUGUUGAUUUUCCCUUUAUGGCUCAAUUCUAAAAUCCAUUUUAAAAUUGUGCCCCAUUUUGCAGUUUUUAAUUCUCC